CCAUGCCGUCUCUAAUCUGGGUUGAAAGCGACGCAGCAGUAAAAAGAAGCAAGGGGGCCUCGUUAAGAGGCGGGAACGGGCCAUUUCCAUGAGGCCGAACGCGAUGCAAAGCAGGUGCAGUCCGCAUCUAAAAGGCCUUACGGCACUUGGGAGACCAACCGUCACACAUCGCGAUUUCCAAGAUGAGGCUUCGCUGGACGAGGUUGAUAUUCAGUCUACUGAUCUACCACUUCGUACCAGCUAAAGGCGCACCGGCCUCCCAAGAGUGGCGCCUGCGGUACGCCGAGUUGAACACGAAGGACCCGGAGUCGUGCCUGUUGGAGCCCGAACGAGGCCUCUGCUACGCGGCCUUCACACUUUACUACUUCGACGCCGCAGCGGGCACGUGCGAGGAAUUCCUGUACGGAGGUUGCGGUGGCAACGCAAACCGCUUCGGCUCGCUAGAGGAAUGCCAGGCCACGUGUGCCAGAAGCUCCGGCGUUCCCGCCGCCGGCGCAACGCCAAAGCCGGCAGAAGCCGCGCACCGACGAAGAGGAGACGCUGCUGCUUCGUCGUCCAGCGCCGGUUUCGUCGUCUCGCAUGCAAAUGGCGACGCGGGCCUCGAUGCAGCCGGGACGAGAUUGCCGACCAAGUCGGCACACGCUGCACAGACGGUGGCUGUAAACCGACGCAAGGAGCCCCCCUCGGCGAAUGAUGGCGCUGCUUUUGUUUCUUUGGACUUGCUCCCGUCGUAUCACGGAGACCAAGUUUGGGAUGCUGCGUGGCUGUAGCUGGAGCCGCAGCCAUAAGCAAAUGAGACGUAUUUAGCCAAAUUUCUUUGGUAUGUGCGCAGCAUUCAGCGUCCUAACCUUGCACUUCAAGUUGAGCGAAUAUAAAAGAGCUUGAGUAGAGUAAAAUUUCCGCCCUUUCUCCUUACGGCCUCUUUAAUAAUCAUAUCGUGGUAUUGGAACGUGAAACCCAAUUAAUUAUAUUAAAUUAUAAUGUCGGGCAAAACUUUCCGUGGCUUUCUGGGGAUAAACCAUUGUAUCAUUAUUACGCAUUCAGCAAAAAGAGCCUGCAUGAUAAUCUUGGCAUUAUAGUUUUUUUUUUAUGUAAUUCAACUAAACAGAAGACCAUAAGGAAAAAAGAGAAUAUUUUGGUUAAGUGUUAUUGGUAAUCUACUUUGUGUUGUCAUAGUAUUCAACAACUCGUCUAUUACAGAAUAUGGAUAACCCACGUGAAGCUUUUAGGGUCAAUAAAGUGAAAUAUUGAUUUAGUAUAGAUUAAGAAACUACACGUCGAGAACUCUAGUGUCGUUACUCUAGACCUUAUAGGUUCAUUAUUAAAAGAAAAAUUAAGGUCACAGAAAUAUUUUGAAAUUUCACGUUGAACUCGGCGUGCGUGACGUCAUGACUUUCAACGUUUUGUCGUAUUUCGCCGACAGUAGCUGAAUUAAGUUUUCUAGAAAAUUGCUAUAGUUUUUCUGCGACCGAAUCAGCAGGAAAUGUGCUUUUUUUACCCAAUAAAUCUACGCAGGCGAUUGGGAACGCCAUCUAAAUUAAUGACGACAAGGUCAUUUGGUUCAGGCAUUUGAAGAUGGCGUCGCCACCCAGGUUUUCCUAUUGCGCGUUUUCUCGAGCGUCUCGUCGCGGCGAGCGUGAACACAGUCGACUUUGGAAGUGUAAAGUUUAUUAAUAAUGACAGAAUCGCUGUCCUCUUUACUGUCCCUUUAACGUGGACAUUACUCUGAAUUAAGUGUUAGAUCAAAUCGAAGCUUUCACGCUCAAUUUCCUAAAUGUUAAUUUGUAAUUCCAAGAUGACAAAAAAAGAAAAGAGAAAGAGCAUGGAUGGCAAGCAAUACUAACUUCAUCUGUAUGCAAUAUAGUCAAGUUGUAACGUCUAGAAAAUAUUAUAAGCACGUAUGUCACUGUGACACUCAUGUAUUAAAGCAGUGUUUUUGUUCCCUGUA